ACCGGCAGCGGCAGCGGCAGAGGCCGCACCCCCGUAACAAAAAGCACCCGGACCUCCCUUCCUCCCCCCACCGAAGCACCACCACCACCGCCGCUCCAUUGAUAGAUAGGGGAGCAGGGGGGAAGAAGCGGGAGGGGCAGCCGCAUUACCAAACUGGGAGACGCAGCGAGCCACUGGCUAGCUAGCGCUCGUCGCAGCAGGAAGGAGCAGGAAGUGGUGGGAGUCGAAAGGGAAAAGGGGGUUCGCGGGAGCAAAAGGGGAGGAGGGAGGCGAGGGCCGGGGAGGGAAAAAAAGGGGAGCUAGCGGAGUUGGGGGGGGGGGGGGGGGCAAUCAUCCAAUCCAGUCCAGCUCCCCGGUACAGUGCGGCGUUUGAUCGUUAGGGGAGGUGUGGAGCGGCGAGCUACGCGUCGUCGCCGCCGCCGACACGCCCGCCGGGUCGAUCGGAGCCGCGGGGCAGAUCCAGUUUCCGCCGGAAUUGCGGCGGAUUCCGGCGCUCGCGACCCCGCCGGAUCUGCAUUCCGCGCAGGACCUCCCCGAGCCGCGCCCUCGCCUCCCAUACAUUGUGCUUGAUGGAUCGUCGCAGUUGGCCAUGGAAGAAGAAAUCAUCUGACAAAUCAUCUACCGCAGAUGCUUCGCAAAAUGCCAAUCAAGCUGAGCAGGAUGAUAAAGCUCCAAAAUAUGUGCAGAUUUCACCAGAAACAUAUGCACACCUUACUGAAUCAGAAGAACAAGUAAAAACCUUAAAUGAAAAGGUGAAGACCUUGAAUGAGGACCUCACUGCAGCGCAAUCUGAGAUCACUACUAAAGAUGCCCUAGUGAAACAGCAUGCUAAAGUUGCUGAAGAAGCUGUGUCAGGUUGGGAGAAAGCUGAAGCGGAGGCCUCAGCACUGAAGCUUCAGCUAGAGACUGUUACAUUGGCUAAGCUAGCGGCUGAGGAAAGAGCUGCCCAUCUGGAUGGUGCUCUGAAAGAAUGCAUGAAGCAAGUAAGGACCGUGAAGGAAGAAGGCGAGCAGAAGCUACAUGAUGUAGUAUUUGCAAAAACCAAACAGUGGGAGAAGAUAAAGGCUGAGUUUGAAGCAAAGUUACUUGAAUUUGAACAGGAGCUCAUUAGGGCUGGUGCUGAGAAUGAUGCACUCUCAAGGUCGCUCCAGGAACGGGGAGACCUGUUGAUGAAGAUUGAUGAGGAAAAGGCUCAAGCAGAAGCUGAAAUCGAGGUCUUGAAAAACACAAUUCAGUCAGGUGAAAGGGAAAUAAAUUCAUUGAAGUAUGAAAUUCAUGUUGUUUCCAAAGAGCUUGAAAUCCGCAAUGAGGAAAAGAACAUGAGUGUGCGCUCAGCUGAUGUUGCAACUAAACAGCACAUGGAGGAUGUCAAGAAAAUAUCAAAACUGGAAGCUGAAUGCCAAAGAUUACGGGGUCUUGUUCGGAAGAAGUUACCAGGGCCUGCUGCAUUAGCUCAAAUGAAAAUGGAAGUGGAGAGCUUGGGCAGAGAUUAUGGAGAAAACAGGUUGCGACGAUCGCCAGCAAAGAAUUCUAGCUUUCAUCGUCCUAUGUCCCCUAUGUCCCAUGUUCCUGAUUAUGCCUUUGAAAACUUACAGCAGAUGCAGAAAGACAAUGAGUUUCUGACUGCACGUUUGUUAUCUAUGGAAGAUGAAACCAAAAUGCUAAAAGAGGCAUUGGCCAAGAGGAACAGUGAGCUGCAAACAUCAAGAACCAUGUAUGCUAAAACAGCAGGCAAACUCCGUGGCUUGGAAGUUCAAAUUUUGACUGGUAGCCAACGUAAGAGUACUUCAAUUCCCAACAUGGAUAUCCACUUUGAUGGUGCACUGAGUCAAAAUGGAAGCAACCCACCUAGUAUGACCUCCAUGUCUGAAGAUGGUGUUGAUGAUGAAGGAAGCUGCACUGAAUCUUGGGCCAAUGCUCUGGUAUCUGAGCUCUCACACAUCAAGAAAGAGAAAGGAGCUAAGAGCAGUGUGACAGAAGGCUCCAAUCGAUUGGAACUCAUGGAUGAUUUCCUAGAGAUGGAGAAACUAGCUUGUUUGUCAUCUGAAGCAAAUGGACAUGUCAGUACUGUUGACAAAAUGAAGAUUGAUGAUACAGAAGCUUCUUUAUCUGGUAUUACUGAAAGAGAUGGUGCUAAAGACACUCAGUCAGUUUUGGCAUUGCCGGAUACUCCAUCUAAUAAACUGCAGCUGUCUGACAGCUCGCCUCUCUUGAAAUUACAGUCCAAAAUAUCUUCCUUGCUUGAUUCUGAAUCACAACAGAGCAAUGCUGGAAAUGUUCUAGAUAUUAUCAGAAAUAUUCUAAAGGAUAUUGAAGAUGAGGCAGAUUCAAUAAAUGCAAGCAACGCUCAUUGUGGUGACAUGGCUGAAGUAGCUGACAGUGGGUCACUAAUGAAGCAUUCAAGCAACGUGAGCAAGUAUGCUAUGGAUCAAGAACUAGUCAAUGCCAUUUUGAAGAUUCAAGACUUUGUUAAGUCACUUGACCAAGAAGUGUUCAAGUCCCAAGGGCAGUCUUCAGAUUCUGAUGGCUUAUGCGAGAAAAUACAGCAGUUCUCUGCACUCGUAGAGAAAGUUCUAUCAAAGGAGAAUGUUCUAAAUGACAUUGUUAUGACACUGUCUCAUAUCUUGUCAGGAACUAGUGAGAUUAAGUUCAUGAUGUUGAAAGAGAACACCAAAGAAGCAGACAACAACAAUUUGGAUUAUGUUGAUAAAGUGACUCUACUUGAAAAUAAAGUGCAGCUCGAGCCAUUAAAAGAUAGCAUUUCAGGUCCUUGCCCACUUAUUCCUCGUUCAUCUUCUGAUCCUGAGAUAGAAGGUCCUACUGACUCUGGAUGUGAUGUCAAGACUGCUGUGCAGAUAUGCUCAUCAGAGGAAUAUGAGCAACUUAAAUCUGAGAAGUUGAAUUUGGAGGCAGAAUUAUCAAAGUGUAAUGAAAUCAUAGGAGAUACAAAACUUAGGUUUAAGGAGUUGGAGGAAAGCCUUGAAGAACUCACAUCUAAAUUGGUUGCCAGUGAGAAAUCAAAUAGCUUGGCUGAGACACAGUUGAGGUGUAUGGCAGAAUCAUACAAGUCACUUGAAUCAAGGAAAGCUGAACUAGAAAACGAAAUAAAAGCGUUGCAGUCCAAAAUAGAUGUUUUGACAGCUGAACUCAAUGAUGAAAGAAAAAGUCAUCAGGAGGAUAUAACAAGAUACAGAGAUCUCGAGGAGAAGAUUGAAAGGUAUGAGAACGAGAGGAACUCAAUGUGUGUGGAUGAAGAUGAGGAUACCAAAGCAAAGCAGGAGAAAGAGAUCGCAGCUGCAGCAGAGAAGCUUGCAGAGUGCCAGGAGACGAUUUUGAUUCUUGGUCGUCAACUGCAAGCUAUGCGUCCUCCAGCUGAAUCAAUGGGCUCCUCACCAAACCGGCGAAUGGAAGACUUCCUGCAGGACGCAGUUGGAACAACCGAAGGGGGUGAAUAUUCACAGAAGCCAACAGGUCAACUGGAUACAGAUCAGGAAAUGCAUGGAUCAGGAAAUGAAUCCCCCUUGAAUGGGUACAAGACACACAAUGCUGCCUCUGAAACGGACGGAAGCCCUUUCCUUUCACCAAACGGCUCCAAGCGCCCAAAGCAUAGAUCGAGAUCCUCGUCUUCAAUUGCUAACCAAUUGCCCGAGAAACAAAACCGGGGCUUCAGUCGGUUCUUCGCCAAGGAGAAGAUCUAAAACAUAACUGCUUGGACGAUGCUAGUGUUGGCCUGCUGAUUCUUUACUGUGAAUGAAGGGAUGAUGCAAGCCAUGAGUUUUAUGUAGAGCUACUUGUGUAUUCUUCGAGGUGACGCCUUCAGUUGCUGGAAUAAUUCUUCGCUCGCAGUCGAGCGGUUAAUGCCAGAUUUCUUUGUGAGAAUGUUUAGCCAUGAGUACCUCCCUCGUUAGAGUGUUCUGGGUUGCCGUUUGUUUGAAACCUCACUGUACAUGUGCUUACUUGCAUGAAGAGCAUCGUUGUUGGUUUGUGUGUCACACCUUCUUGUGAAUUAACCUGUGUAAUUUGCUCGAACAAGCUUGUUGUACAGUUAACCCGGAUUAAUCCGAAGGCUAUUGUUGCGCUUGGUGACCGCUGUA